AUGGCGGAGCUCCGAGCCCGAUACUCCCCGCCGUGGGCGGACAUGACCAUAAUUGGAAUUGCAGGCGGUUCAGGAUCUGGCAAAUCAUCAGUUGCACUGGAAGUCAUCAAUUCGCUCAACUUGCCAUGGGUGGUAAUUCUGGUCAUGGACUCAUUUUAUAAAACCCUUACCCCCAAGCAAAAUGCUAUUGCGCAUGAUAAUGAAUAUGAUUUCGAUUCGCCGGACGCGAUUGAUUUUGACCUCCUCGUGGAUACUCUCCAGUCCCUUAAAAAGGGCCUCAACGUCACAUAUCUGGUAUUAUUCCCCUUCAACAAGGCAAAGGAAUUCAGAGUUGACCAUUGCGAAGACAUCAUUAUCCCCCGAGGCAUUGAAAAUAAGACCGCCAUAGAUAUGGUGGUCAAGCAUAUCCAACGAAACCUUCGAGAGAAAUCUGAAGCCCAUUAUCUUGAGCUACAGAGGCUAGGCAAACAAGUUGAAGAGCAACCCCUGUCCGCGAAUGUUAUUAUCAUGGACCAGACGCCGCAGUUGGUGGGUAUAAACACCAUUUUACAAAACCCACAUACAGAACAAGUAGAUUUUGUGUUUUACUUUGACCGGCUGGCAUGCCUUAUGAUAGAACGUGCCCUAGAUACCAUCCCAUUCGUCCCCGCUACAGUGGCCACACCUGACCAACAUAUCUAUCAUGGCCUGCGACCCGCAGGCACAAUAUCUGCUGUUGCAAUCCUUCGCGGUGGCUCUUGCCUAGAAACUGGUUUGAAACGAACGAUUCCUGACUGCAUAACUGGCCGCGUUCUCAUUCAAACAAAUUACAGCACAGGGGAGCCUGAACUGCAUUAUCUUAAAUUACCCCAGGACAUCAAUGACCACGCCGCUGUCAUACUGCUUGAUCCACAAAUGUCAAGUGGUGGAGCUGCAUUGAUGGCUGUGCGAGUCCUCAUCGACCAUGGAGUAGACGAAGGCCGUAUCGUCUUUGUAACGUUCGCCGCAGGAAAACGCGGAUUGCAGAGAUUAACCGCUGUCUAUCCCGAUGUGAAGGCUGUAGUGGGCCGGAUAGAGGAUGAGGGAGAGUCAAGAUGGAUUGAGAAGCGUUACUUUGGAUGUUAG